UUAUAGCAGGACUGCGGAGGGCAUUCUGACACUGGGUGGGAACUGACUAACUGCCACUGACAUCUCCAGUGACACUAAUACAGUGGUCCGUGCUAAUAAAAAGCACUGACACUGUACUAAUGACACUGGGCAGGAAGGGGUUAACAUCUGGGGAGAUCAAAGGGUUAACUGUGUGCUUUGUGUGUUUUACUAUGUGUGCUGUGUGCUGUGUGCUGUUUUACUUGGGAGACAUGCUGCUUUGUAUCUCUCUGAUGUCCAGAGAGAUACAAAGCAACAUGUCCAGGUCUCUCCCCUAUCAGCUUUGCCGACGAUCACUAAGUGCCGGCCAAGAAUCACCCGCCGGGACCUGGUGA